AUGACAAAUAUCAUCCGUUCAAUAUGGGCAGACGAAAGGAUACUUGACUCGUGGAGACACGCUAUCAUAAUUCCCCUCCACAAGAAGUUAUCCGUCACGGACCCUAGGAACUAUCGAGGAAUCUCUUUGUUGCGUAUUAUGCACGAGGUUUUGGAGUGGAUUAUCCUGGACCGACUUAUUAAGCAUUGUGAAGAAACAACGCGCGACGAGCAAGCUGGCUUUCGUCUUGGCCAAUCUACGAUUGACCAGGUGUUCAUCGUCGGGAGAGUGAUCGAAAUCUGGCAGCGGUACUCUAGGCCAAUUCAAUUAGCGUUUCUGGACUUUGUAGCCGCUUUCGACUCCCCUCAUCGAGGCCGUCUUCUCAACACGCUCCGUGCCGAUGGAGUACCAGGAAAGUUCGUUUGCUUUCUUGAUGACAUGAAUCAAUGA